AGCUUUUGCUCUGAGUGGGGGCGUGUCUCCAGGCGAGAAGGUCCAAUCGGCAUGUCGGGCGAGGGAAAUUCAAACUGGUUAUAGGACAGACUUGAACCGCCGCCAAAAGGGACUAAGUGACAGAGACAGGGAGCGGUGUCGGUACCGAUUUCUGCACUUAUCGGACUCAAAAUGUCCGAGGAAGACGCAGUGAAAGUGUGUGUGAGGGUCCGGCCGCUUAUACAGAGAGAGCAAGGGGAUCAAUCCACCCUGCUAUGGAAGGCUGGAAGCAACACCAUUUCCCAGGUUGAUGGGACAAAAUCUUUCAGUUUUGAUCGUGUAUUUAAUUCUCACGAAUCAACAAGUCAAGUUUACCAAGAAAUAGCAGUACCUAUCAUACAGUCAGCUUUGCAGGGAUAUAAUGGCACAAUAUUUGCUUAUGGACAGACAUCUUCAGGCAAGACCUACACGAUGAUGGGAACACCAAAUUCUUUGGGCAUAAUACCCCAAGCCAUACAGGAAGUGUUUAAAAUUAUCCAGGAGAUACCCAACAGAGAGUUUCUUCUAAGAGUUUCUUAUAUGGAAAUUUACAAUGAAACCGUGAAAGACCUCCUGUGUGAUGACAGAAAAAAGAAGCCCUUGGAAAUUCGCGAGGAUAUCAAUAGAAACGUGUAUGUUGCUGACUUAACAGAAGAACUUGUAAUGGUUCCUGACCAUGUAAUUCAGUGGAUCAAAAAGGGUGAAAAAAACAGGCAUUAUGGAGAGACUAAAAUGAAUGAUCAUAGUAGCCGUUCCCAUACAAUAUUUCGAAUGAUUGUUGAAAGCAGAGACAGGAAUGAUUCUGCAAAUUCAGAGAACUGCGAUGGAGCUGUUAUGGUAUCUCACUUGAAUCUGGUAGAUCUUGCUGGCAGUGAAAGAGCAAGCCAAACUGGUGCUGAAGGUGUGAGACUUAAGGAAGGGUGCAACAUCAACCGCAGCUUGUUUAUCCUUGGCCAGGUUAUUAAGAAGCUUAGCGAUGGCCAGGCUGGUGGCUUUAUAAACUACAGAGACAGCAAACUCACCAGAAUUCUUCAAAAUUCAUUGGGAGGAAAUGCCAAAACAGUUAUCAUUUGUACAAUAACGCCAGUUUCUUUUGAUGAAACUCUGAGUACACUUCAGUUUGCAAGUACUGCCAAACAUAUGAGAAAUACUCCCCAUGUUAAUGAGGUCCUGGAUGAUGAAGCAUUGCUAAAAAGGUACAGAAAGGAAAUCCUGGAAUUAAAGAAACAGUUAGAGGAUUUAGAGACGUCAUCUGAAAUUAAAGCACAAGCCAUGGCUAAAGAAGAGCAUUCACAGUUAUUGGCUGAAAUCAAACUUCUACAGAAAGAAAGAGAGGAUAGAAUAUGGCACUUGACAAAUAUUGUUGUUGCUUCAUCCCAAGAAUCUCAGCAAGACCAAAGGGUCAAACGAAAACGAAGAGUUACGUGGGCACCAGGAAAAAUUCAUAGUAGUUUACACGGUUCCAGUGUUUCUGAUUUUGAUAUGCCAUCCAGGUUACCUGGCAAUUUUAGCAAGAAGGCAAAGUUCUCUGACUUGCCCGCAUUUCCUGAAAUUGAUGACUCUGUUUGUACAGAGUUUUCUGAUUUUGAUGACCCAAUCUCCAUGAUUGACAAUAAUGGAAUAGAUGCAGAAUGGAAUUUUGCCAGUAAAGUAACUCGUAGGGAAAAAGCAUCACUUCAUCAAUCAAUGAUGGACUUUGAAGGACGGAUUUCUGACAGUGUUCAGUUCCAUGAUUCUUCUAAAGAAAUGGCUGAAUGCAGAAGAGCUUCUUUUGAAAAGGAGAUCACAAGCCUCCAACAGCAACUACAGUCAAAGGAGGAAGAAAAAAGACAACUUGUACAAAGCUUCGAGCUCAAGAUAACAGAACUGGAAGGGCAGCUUAGGGACAGAGCUAAAAAUCUAGAGAUGGUUACAGACUUGCGAGAGCAUUCCAUUAAUGCCGAAGUCCAAGUAGAUUUUGAAAAGGAAGUUCUGAGAAAAGAAAUGUCAGUACUUGGAGACUCUGGUUACAAUGCAUCAAGCAGUGGCCUACAGGAUAGUUCUAUUGAUAGGAAACGUCUAAGCAGCUCCCACGAUGAGUGCAUAGAACACAAAAAAAUGCUGGAACAAAAGAUUGCUGAUUUAGAAGAAUUUAUUAAAAAUCUUAGCAAGAAAAGUGAGAAUGAUGCGCAAAAAUCUCAUGAGCAAGAUUUCAUGGAGAGUGUCCAACUGUGUGAAGCUUUAAUAGCAGAAAAGGCAAAUGCUUUGGAGGAACUGGCACUUAUGCGAGAUCAGUUUGACGGUGUUAUUCUAGAGAAUGAAACUCUUAAAAGGGAAAUUGCAGAUCUGGAACGUUCUCUCAAAGAGAAUCAAGAAACCAAUGAAUUUGAAAUACUGGAGAAGGAAACUCAAAAAGAACAUGAGGCACAACUAAUCCAUGAGAUUGGCAAUUUAAAGAAAUUAGUAGAGAAUGCAGAGAUGUACAAUCAAAGUCUAGAGGAAGAUCUAGACACUAAAACAAAACUUCUAAAAGAGCAGGAAAUGCAGCUCGCAGAAUUAAGGAAACACACAGAUAACUUGCAGAAAAAAGUACGAAAUUUUGAUCUCUCUGUUUCCAUGGGUGAUAGUGAGAGACUUUGUGAAGAGGUCUUUCAACUAAAGCAGUCUCUAUGUGAUGCUGAAGCUGUGACUCGCGAUGCUCAGAAGGAAUGUGCUUUCCUUAGAAGUGAAAAUCUAGAGCUGAAGGAGAAAAUGGAGGACACCUCAGCCUGGUACAAUCAAAAAGAAAAGGAGGCGUCUUUGUUUGAGAAGCAGCUGGAAACUGAAAAAGCAAACUACAAAAAAAUGCAAACUGAUUUGCAGAAAGAGUUGCAAAGUGCUUUUAAUGAAAUUAACUACUUGAAUGGCCUAAUGGCAGGCAAGGUUCCCAAAGAUUUGCUUUGUCGUGUGGAGCUGGAGAAAAAAGUUUCUGAGUACUCAAAGCAGCUUGAGAAAGCACUGGAAGAAAAAAAUGCUUUGGAGAAUGAAGUGACUUGCUUAUCAGAAUACAAAUCUUUGCCAAAGGAAGUUGAUUUCUUAAAAGAUCAGAUCAGCAAGGCUUCUGAUGAGAUAAUGUUAUUAAAGCAUGAAGGAGAACUUUCUUCGUCUACUAGAAGCAAACAAGAGGUUAUCCUGCAGGAGCAAUCUGGGCAGAUAGUAGAAUUGACAGAUAAAGUAACACAAACACAGUCAAAAGUGCAGCAAGCUGAAGAGCAGUAUUUGGAGAUGAAGAAAAUGCAUGAUGAUCUUUAUGAAAAGUUUAUCUGUACAACUGAAGAGACCACCAAAAACAAAAGAGAAGCUGAAGACCUUUUAAGGGAAAUAGAGAACCUUAAAGGCACUAUGGAGACACUGGAAGUCAAGCUUGCUGCCACAAAACAUGAACUUGAAGAAUGUCAAAUGGAUAAGGAGCAACUGCUUAAUAAGAAAAACUUCCUUCUUCAAGCAAUGCAGGCUGCAUUUUCAGUUGCUUCUCUUUCAGACUCUUCACCUUCUCUCUCAACAUUAGUUGAAGAGAAGUCUCAAGACCCCAUACAAACUGAUGAAUACCACAAAUUAAUAUCCCUUGCUAAAGAAAGGACCAGCAUUAUGGUGUGUCUAGAGACUGAGAGAAACAGUCUUAAAGAACAAGUUAUUGAUUUGACCUCUGAAGUUCAAAGUCUUCAAGCACAAGGUAUUGGAAAGUCUGAUCUCCAAAAAGAAAAACAAGACUUGGAAGAUAAAUGGGUUAAAUUAGUUUCAGAGAUGGAACAACUGCAGGCACAACUAACUGAAUCACAGUUAUCUUUAGAGAAGAUGCAGCUGGAGAAUCUGGAAGUUACAGAAAAACAACAAUCACUUCAAGAAGAGAUGAAAAACAUUACUAAGGAGAGGAAUGAUCUUCAGACCAACUUAGAAGACCUGAAAGCAGAGCGUGAUAGCCUAAAACAAGACCUUAGUGAAAACAUUGAGCAGUCAAUUGAAACACAAGAUGAAUUAAGAGCAGCUCAGGAAGAGCUGGGAGGGCAGAAGCAACUGGUUGAUAGCUUAAGACAACAGCUUGUAGAUUGUGUUGGAGGCGUUUUAUCACCAAACCACGAUUCAGCUGGUGAACAGGAAAAGUUAUCACUGUUUAAAGAAAAUCUGCAAGAAUGUGAAAUGCUGCGUGGUGAAAGAGAUGAACUUCAAACAUCUUGUAAGGCUCUAGUUUCAGAGCUGGAGCUACUUCGUGAACAUGUAAAAUCUGUGGAGGGAGAAAACAUUGAGGGUGCACAAAAACUCCAUAUUCUUGAAAAUGAGAUAUUAGGCACAUCUGAAGAAAGAGAAGUGUUGAAACCUGUGUUGGAGAAUGUAAAGGAGGAAAACAAUAAGCUCAAAGAACAAGCAGAGGAAUACUGUAGUAAGAUCAAUGAGCUGAAUGAAGAAUUACAAAUGUUUUCUGAGAGAGAUUUGAAAAAUGAUGGGUAUGCUGAGGUAAAGCAACUACAGGAGAAAAUGUUGGCCACUAUUCAGGAGAAGGAAGAGCUGCAAGAAAUACUUGGAAGUUUGAGGGCAGAGAGAGAUGAGCUGAGGUGUAAUCUUCAAGAAAAUAUUGAAAUGUCUAUUGAAACCCAGGAUGAACUGCGUAAUGUUCUAGAUGAACUGAAGAGAAAGACACAGUUGUUGGAUGAAUUGAAAUCCCAAGUAAAUCAAUGUAACACACAAGAUGAACAGUCUUUGGGUGAUGGUGACGAUAUUCAAAACAAAGAGGCGCUAAAGCAUCAUUCUGACCAGUACUCGGCUGAGCUUGCAGAAGAGAGAGCUAAUACACAACAGCUGCAAAAUCAACUUGAAGAAAAGCUCAGAAAAAUGGAGGAGCAAGAGAACCUACUUAAAAGCAUUUCUGAAAAUCUUCAAGAUACCAGUUCCAAGUAUGAAAAGGCUGUGGAGACUCUUGAAUUAGUGACUAUGGAAAAAGACCAGCUUCUUGUGACUUUGGAUUCCCUAAGAUUAACCACAGAGACUCUAACUAAGGAACUUGAGUCCCACAAACAGGAAGCACUCCAUUGUACAACAAAUCAAACGAAACCAGAAACAGAGCAAUCUAAUACUCAGCUGGAGGAAGAAAACGCUGCUAAAAAAGUUGAGGAACUUGAACAUCAGCUCAGUAAAACACUUGACAUUCUGAAAGAAGAAGAGUCCAAAUAUGAAAUGGCAAAGGAAACAUUAGCUUUGGUGAAUGGAGAAAAAGAACAGCUUCUCUCAGAGUUGGAAUCAUUAAAGUUAGCCCAUGAAUUGGUUAUUAAAGAACUGGAUCUCUACAGACAGGUUAGGGAGUCAAAAGACCAGGAUAUGCAGACACUGGAUGAAGUGCAUAGGACAGAUGUUAAAGAGGUUGCAUUAUCACCAAUGAAACUAGAGUGGUCAGAAGCCGAGAGUAGAUCACAAGAGAGUCUUCAACAACUACAUAACCAAUUAGAUUCUGCCAUUCAAGAAAGAGAGCAACUUCAGCAGCUUAUCCUUAGCCUUAGAGAAGAGAAAAGUCAACUAACAACUGAUCUGCAAAAAUAUACACAACAUGAGAACAGAUGCCGUUUAGAAGAGGAGUUCAGUGGUUCACAGAAGCUGGUAGAUGAGAUAGAGAUCCUGAAAGCACAGUUAAAGGCUGCAGAAGAAAGGCUGGAAAUAAAAGACAGAGAUUACUUUGAACUUGUACAAACUACAAAGACCAGUUUAGUUGAGGGAAAAUUGGAAACCCCUGUACAAGAUGACAGUGUUGAGGGCAGUACUGACCAGCAUUCGGUUAAAGUGGAGCAGGACAGAAGUGAUCAGGGUUCUGUUUCUGAGGAAAAAGUUCUGGAAGAAAAACUUGAGAGUAAUCAGUAUUUAUUGAAAAGACUGCAAGAAGAAAAGCUGGAACUGUCUAACAAACUUGAAAUCCUUCAGCAAGAGAUGGAGGAAUCCGUUCUAUUGAAAGAUAACCUGCAACAGAGGCUAGAAUGCUUGCUCAAUGAAAAUAUUCUUCUAAAAGAGAAUAUUGAGACCGCCGUAAGGCAUCAGUCAGAUACUCAUGGUCAAUUGCAAAAAUCACAGCAAGAGUUGGAGUAUCAUUUGCAGCUGGCUAAUCUUGGAGGCGAUUCUUCUGACAAUUCUCCAGUAACUCAAGAAAAGGAAACUUCUACAGAAUGCAUGCAUCCUUUGGAAGAAAAGAUAUUGCUACUGACUGAAGAAUUACAUCAAAAAAAUAAUGAGCAGCAAAAACUACAACAUGAAAAAGAAGAGCUUGAACAAGCUCAGGUUAAGCUAAAAUCUGAGGUGGAACAUCUGGUAAAUAGUAUGAUGGAAUUGCAGUCCUCACUUGAGUCCUUGCAGCAUGAGAAACAUGAUACUGAACAACAACGUCUUGCUCUUAAACAGCAAAUGCAAGUAGUUACUCAAGAAAAGGAAGAGCUGCAGCAAGCCUAUGACCACUUAACAGCUGAGGUGGACCAACUAAAAGGCGAUCUAAAAGAGAACAUUGAAAUGGGUUUGAAUUUCAAAAAUGAAAUGCAGCAAAAGACCAAUGAAGAGCAAUGUCUGCUAAAUCAGAAUAAGGAACUCGAGCAAAGCCAGCACAAACUUAAAUGUGAGAUAGAAGAGCUUAUGAAAAGCUUAAAGGAUAAAGAGUUGGCACUGGAGACUUUAAAGGAAUCUGAACAAAAAGUAAUUAAUCUGGGCCAAGAAAUGGAAGCGCUUAUGCUGGAAAUGGAAGAACUGAAAAAUAGCCAAAGGACUGUAAUGGCUGAGAGGGACCAGCUGCAAGAAGACCUAAGGGAGAAUGUUGAAAUGUCUAUCGAAACACAAGAUGAUCUAAGAAGGACUCAAGAAGAAUUGCAGCAGCAGAAAGAUAAGGUUCAACAGCUGACCUCCCAGAUUUCUGUACUGGAAGAAAAGAUCUCUCUUCUAGAAAAUCAGAUACUUCAUAAUGUAACAACCAUGAAAGAAACUCUCAGCGAGAGAGAUGACCUGGACCAGUCUAAGCAACACUUGUUCUCAGAGAUUGAAACUCUAAGCCUGUCUUUAAAAGAAAAAGACUUUGCAUUGGAACAAGCAGAAAAGGAAAAAGCUGAUGCAGCCACGAAAAUAAUAGAUCUCACUGAGAAAAUAGCAACUAUAGAAGAACAGCUGCUUCAAAAUGCCACCAAUUUAAAGGAAACCCUUUAUGAAAAAGAGAGCCUUAUUCAUUCUAAGGAGCAACUGGCUCUGGACACUGAACACCUUAGGCAAACAUUGAAGAGCAAAGACCUGGCAUUGGGUGAAAUGGAGCAAGACAGAGAUGAAGCCGUAAAUAAGGUUAUAGCUCUUACAGAAAAUAUAUCUUUUCUAGAGGAACAGAUCAGUGAAAAUGCUACUACUCUAAACAAAGUAAUUGAUGAAAAUGAGAGCUUCAGCCUGUCAAGGCAACAGUUUUCCUCCCAGAUGGAAGAGCUCCGGGAGUCUUUAAAGACCAAAGAUUUUCAGUUGGAAAAGGCUGAGAAGGAGAUAGGUGAUGCUGUAAAUAAUAUAAAGGACCUCACUGCUAAGAUUUCUUCUCUAGAGGAGGAGAUUCUUCAGAGUGCUGACAUUGUGAAUGAAACUUUGAGUGAAAAGGAGAACCUUAGCCAUUGUAAGCAGCAACUGGCUUCAGAAUUGGAGCAGCUAGCACUGACAUUAAAUAGUAGAGAUCAUGCAUUAGUGCAAGCUAAAAGGGAAAAGGAUGAAGCUGCAAAUAAAGUAGCCAGUCUCACCGAUGAAAUAAGGAUGCUGUCAAAAGAGAUGGAUGAAUUCAGAGAUUCAAAGGAAUCCUUGCAAAAACAGUCUGCUCAUCUAAAUGAAGAGUUAAGUACAUGUAAGACUGAACUUCAAAUGAUAAAGCAACAGAAAGAAGAGAUAAACAACAGACUUGCUGAGAAAGUUAAUGAAGUGGAUGAGCUAUUACAACAGUUAUCAUCUCUGCAGCAACAGCUAGACCAAAUACAGAAGGAGCUAAAGCAUGAAAAGCUCAGAAACUAUGAACUCUGUGAAAAGGCUGAUCUCAUGGAGAAAGAAAUCUCUGUGCUACGUUUAAUGCAGAAUGAGCCCCAGCAGGAAGAAGAUGAUGUUGCAGAACGUAUGGAUAUACUAGAGUGCAAAAACCAAGAAAUACAGGAGCUGAUGGUAAAAAUCUCUGCUGUGUAUUCAGAUCAACACAGUUUGCUUACCAGUCUCUCUAGUGAACUUCAAAAGGAAACAGAAGCACAAAAACAGUCUAUGUUAAAUAUAAAGGAGUCUCUGUCAUCUAUGCUCUCUAGAUCCUUUGGCAGUGUGCAAACAGAGCAUGUUAAGCUAAACACUCAACUGCAGACACUUCUGAACAAAUUUAAGGUUGUUUACCGAACUGCUGCUGUCAAAGAAGAUUAUAGCUUGAUACAAGAUUAUGAGAAGGAACUUGCUUCAGAGCAAAAGAGGCACGAUGAACUGCAACUCCAGCUACAGUGUUUUGAGCAGCACGGCACAAAAUGGUCGGACUCUGCAUCUGAUGAACUUAAGUUCUGUGAACUUGAAUUUUUAAAUCAGUUGCUGUUUAAAAAAACAAAUAUAAUUCAGUGUGUUCAGGAUGACUUUUCAGAGGUGCAGGUAGUCCUGAAUCAUGUAGGAUCAGCGCUUCAAGAAGAGCUUGAGCAAAAGAGAGAAUUUAUGCAGUGGCUGGAGGAAUUUGAAGAUCUGAAUAUUGAUGCUAAAAAGCUCAGUGAAGGAGUUCAACAAGAAAAUAAGCGCAUUGCUUCUACCAUACAGCUUUUAACUAAAAGGCUAAAGGCAGUCGUUCAGUCAAAAAUACAACGUGAGGUGACUGUAUAUCUGAACCAGUUUGAGGUGAAAUUACUAGAGACGAAAGAGCAAAACAGAGAACUAAUGCGCAGGAUAGAGCACCACGCCCCUAGUGCAAGUGUAAUGGAGGAAGAAAAUGCUAGACUUCUAGACAAACUAAAAACUGUCCAAGAUGAAUCAAAGAAACUGCAAUCAAGAAUCCAAAAACUAGAAAAUGAACUGAACUUGGUCAAAAAUGAUGCUAGGCAAAAAGAAGAAAAAGUAGCAGUUUUGCAAGACAAACUACUGAGCAGAACUGCUGAAGCUGAUCUAAAAGAAAUGCAGCUGAAACUAACUGACAAACAAAAUAGACUUCAGGCUGCAAUGAAAGAUAUACAAAACCUACAGGAAAGGGUUGCCAAAGGUGCAGCACCAUAUAAAGAUGAAAUCGACAACCUUAAAACUAAGGUGGUGAAGAUUGAAAUGGAAAAAAUAAAGUACUCAAAAGCAACAGACCAAGAGAUCGCCUCUUUAAAGUCUUGUUUGGAUGAUAAGGAAGAAUGCCUGCGUAGGUUAAAAGAGGAACUAAGACGAGCACAAGCAGACAGUGAUACAACGGUUUGCAUCGCAAAAGAUUAUCGGAAAGCUUCUAAUUUCCCUGUGACUUGUGGAGGAGGAAGUGGUAUAGUGCAGAGCACUGCAAUGCUUGUUCUGCAGUCCGAAAAGGCAGCCUUGGAAAGGGAGUUGGCACAUUAUAAGAAGAAAUAUCAUCAUUUAUCACGGACUAUAUCCAACUCUGAAGAUGAUCUAAAGAAAACAAAGGCAAAAUCAGAUGUGCACUCUUCUCAUACUGGAUCAUCACACAGAGGGUUUCCUCACAAAACUGAAACUUACAGACAUGGCCCUGUUUCUCCAGGAAGGUCUGAAAUGCCAAGCCUGCAGCCAGGAUCUCCAAAGAAGUCAGAGUCCCACAAUAAACGUGUAGUGUCACCAAACAGGUCUGAAAUGUACAGCCAGUUAGUAAUGUCCCCAGGCAAGACCGGGAUGCAUAAAAAACAUGUACUUUCUCCAAGCAAGGCUGGACUGCAUAAAAAGCGUACAGUGUCUCCAAACAGAUCUGAGAUACCCAUUCAGCAUGCUCUAUCCCCAGGCAAGGCUGGACUGCAUAAAAUUCACACAGUUUCCCCACUCAAGACUGAAGGCACUCUAUUCGGCAAUUUGUCUCCAUGCAAACAGCAAAAUGUACAGGAAAAUCUAGAUUCCCCUAAAAACACAUUCUUUGACAUGAAGUCAAAAUCUUUGCCUUAUUGUCCAUCUCAGUUUUUCGAUAAUUCUAAGCUUGGUGAUUUUUCAGAGCUUAAUAUGGCAGAGACCAGUGCCAAAAGUCAGAGUGACAACUGGUGGUGUGACACUAAAAAGGAGACUGCACCUGAAUGUAAAACAUCUUAGAUUCCUGUUCUUUAAAGAGACUUGCUACAUUGCUUCUGAUAGGAAGAUCCUUGGAACUUAAACAUGAAACUGCCGUGUGCAUAAAGGCAUGUCACUAGCAGCACACUUUGUUCUUGAGUAGCAAUCACUGGAGGACAAGUGGUUAUAAAAUAAAAGUGCAAUAUGUCUCACGUCUAUUUUCUAUGUUAUGUCGGUAUAUUUGUUACAUGUUAGUAUUUGGCUUUGGAACGUGUCUGCACACACCCUGGUGAAAAUAACACUUGCGAUGUUUUGUUUUACCAAUUAAUAGCUUGCUGAUGGUGAGCUGUAAUGCACAAUUGCACUGUGUCUCUCUGGAGUCAUCCAUGAAAAGCACCAUUUGUGUGACAAUGUUUUCCACUACUUUUUAUUGUGCCUAACCUUAAGUAGAUAACUAUCAUGUUAAGGUUUUUUUUCUAAACUUUAAGAUUUCAAAAGAUGGGACGAAUGCUAUUUUUCUCCACGUGGAGAACUAGGGUUUAACUUAAUUCCUCUUCUAAUAAAAUAUUAUAUAUAAUAUUCCCAUUUCUUUAGGCAAUGUGAUAGUUAUUUUCUGUAUUCUGGUGUUAAACCUUUUUAAAUAUCACUUGUAAUAAAGCAGCCCUGAUUUUAAAUUGUG